CUGAAGAGAGCCUCCAGUCAAACUCAGGUCAUGAAGCGUUCCAUCUGCCCACUGUUUGACUGAACCCAUGGAGGUUUCCACACUGUUGCUGUACGCUUACUGAGGAGUCUUCAAAAGCACAUUGACUUCUGCAGUCCAAAAAUGAGCUGUACAAAGGUGCUCUCUGCUUUCGGUGGCCACCCACAGGCUGCCGUGACGCCCGUUGACCUCGCCAUGUGUUUGAGGCUGAGCCAGCGGCAGUCUCUUUAUCAGCUCCUGACCCCGUCGCCUCUGACAGCCUCCCAGCGCCUCUGCCAGCCCGCCUCCUGUCCACAGAGGAGCAGCCUUUGCUCUCCACAUCACUUCUCCUUAUCUUCUCCUUCAUCACGUCCCUCCUCCUCUUCGGAGCCUUGGAGCCGUUUCCGUAGGGACACCGGCGCUCCGAUCAAGAAGCGUGUGGUGUUUGCAGAUGCCAAAGGUUUGGCUCUCGCCACGGUGCGUCUGUUCAACCCAGAGCCUUCGUCACCUACUAACACACUCAUGACAAAUCCCUCCUCAGCUAAACUCCGAGCGAAGCCGUCGUCGUCGGGUAAGGUGCAUCACUACAAGUGGAGGCUUGGUUUCCCGCAGCCAUUGCUGGACUUUAAGUCUUUCCUGGCAUGACUGCGGCAGGCGCGUGUGCAACUGAGGAGCUGCAAAAUCACAGCCGACUGCCUCAGUGGUGAAGUGUGCGUCUCCCAUGCUGGUAGAAAGACUGUGCACGUAAGGGUGACCUUUGACUCUUGGUGGAGUCAUCAUGACAUUCCGUGCACAUUUGUGCAGCAGCAGCGCUGUGGCGGUUUGGAUGUGGAUGUUUUUGUCUUUGAUGCAUCCUUUCCUCCAGACAUCGAUCCAGGGGACCAAAUAGAGUUUUAUGUGUCCUUCAGGCCCAGUCCUGGUACAGCGGCACACUGGGACGACAACAUGGGCCAGAACUAUAGAGUUUAUGUGGAAAAAGGGGCCUAGGACACAAAAACCAAGACGCAGCUGCUUCGUGAGGCUGCUCCGCGCUUUGUAAACAUGGGACGUGAUAUGGUUUUUGAGUCGGAAAGAGAAAAUUCAGGGCAGAACACAACCUGAAUGUGGAAACUGGGUUCCAUUAAAUAUUUAGUCUUUAAGACAGAAAUGCAUUUUUGGAUUUCGAACAUUUGUUGACUCAAAAUGCAUUUUCUGUAGUUUUGUCUAGUAUUUAAUUUGCUUUUUGAUGAACUUUGUGAAAUCUCUCUCCAGAGUUGAUUCUGCUGAAAUGUGUAGAGCACACCCGGUGUUUGAGUGGUGAUUUAAUCUGUGAAAUGUCAGUGUUUUAAAGCCUGCCACACUGUGAAAUGCUGCAUUUUUGGACUGUGACACUUCGGCCCUGACUGAGAGACGGGGCUCCUGGAGGAAAUGUGAAAACAUGACAUCAUUUUGUGUUUAGUCUUUUGUACUUACAGCUACUGAGCCAUUUCCAACAAACAAACAGGCUGAAUAAACCCAAAGUCGUCAGAAA